GAAUGCAUUCUGUGGUUCACUCCAGUGUAAUGGUGGCAGAAUAAUGUUUAAUAAUGUUAAGUCAAGGAGUGCUUUGACAGCUUAUACUAGAUUUGCUGGUGUUCAAGAGUGUAGGAGUGUCACUACACGUGCUGAUGCUGAUGAAGUCAGUCCUGGUUUAGUGGUUGAUGGGGCUAGCUGUGGAACUGACAGGAUGUGUGUUAGUCAGAGCUGUGUAUCAGUUUCAUCACUGUUGGGAGUCAUCCCUUGCCCUAUUGGAAGUAAUGGACAGACAUGCUCUGGAAAUGGUGUAAGAGCUUUUCUCACUUUAUCACUUUCUCAUGCUAUUAUUGCUAAGAUUGCUAUACAU